CGGCCCUCGCUUUGCUACCCAUCCAGCUUCCCACCAAUCAGAUCGUCGCCUUCUUUACUUAGGCUCGAGCACUUGGGAGAUGAAAGUAGGAAACCCAAGAGUUCCUGCACGGCAAUAAUGUGUUGCGAGACGGUUCGUGUUGGCCAGCGGGCAACUACUUAAACUCGAGCACGGUGCGACCAUGGUCUUUCUACACUCUUUCUUAAACCUGAGAAAACAAACCUAUUGAGCUUAUCACGAUGUUUGAAGGGUUGGUUCAGUCUUACUCGCAAUCUUUCGUUCUGCAAGCUCUGGCCAGCAUUGAGCACCAGGAGAGAUUGACUAUUGCGAUCAAGAACCAUGGUCGAGAGCCAGAGACCGUUGUCUUUGGGCCCAAAGCAGCGGAUGAGGGCAAGCUUAUCGUGAUUGUGAAUCCAAACGCUUGGGUUCGCAUCUGUCAGGCUUUUGAUCUGGGGUUCGCGGAAGCAUACAUCUACCAAGAGCUCGAAUGUGACGACCUACGUCAUGUAUUUCAGCUCUACCUUCGCAACCGCACCAAACUCGGCUUUGGCAAUCGUCUCUUCAGCUUCUUCCCACGACUCCGCCACCUUCUCUUCACCCCAACAAACACCCUCAGCCACUCUCGCUCCAAUGUGACCUUCCACUACGACACCUCGAACGCGCUCUUCUCCGCCCUCCUAUCCGCCGACAUGAACUACUCAAACGGCUGGUGGUCCAACGAUCCCCACGAGACACUCGAAACGGCUCAGAUCCGCAGUGUGCACAACAUCCUGCAGAAAGCCCGCAUUGCCCCGACCGACCACAUCCUCGACAUCGGUUGCGGGUGGGGCAGUCUGGCGAUCGAGGCUGCCCGGCUGAUCGGCUGCCGGGUGACGGGCAUCACCCUGGCGUCAGAGCAGAAGGCGCUGGCCGAGAAGCGCAUCAAGGCCGCUGGACUGGACGACAAGGUUACAAUCCUGCUGUGCGAUUACCGGAACGCGCCCAUGCCGGUGGGCGGAUACGAUCGCAUCGUCUCGGUGGAGAUGGUCGAGCACGUUGGGAAAAAGUAUAUGAAUGAGUUCUUUGGGACGAUUUCCAGGUUGCUGAAGCCUGAGGGAGGAAUCCUUGUGAUGCAGGCCAUCACGACGAAUAACAUGAUGCACGACAAUAAGCCCGGUAUUACCACCUUCACCGAUCGCUACAUCUUCCCGGGCGGAUAUCUCUGCUCCACAAACGUGUUCCUGAACGCGUUGCAUACGGGAUCGAACGGAACGCUGGAGCUUGACUCACUACAAAGUAUUGGGCCGAGCUACAUCAAGACGUUGAUGGCCUGGCGGAAGAACUUCCUAGAGAAUUGGGAUGUUAUCCGUAGGGACUACAUAGAAAGACACCCCGAAGCUACGGAGCACGAGAUCGAGGCUUUCCGUCGGGUGUGGGUGUAUUACUUCACAUACUGUGAGGCCGGGUUCCGGUCGCGCGUGCUCACGAACCAUGUUAUCACGGCCGUGCGAACGCCCGAGCCGGCGAUCAAUGACCCGACCCCGACUUUCGAUGAGGUGUUAGAGCCGAACUUGGGAGGUGAUACGCACUUCAAAUAUGAGGUGUUUGAGUAGGCGACGGAUCCGAGAGCAGUGAUACUGGUCGGUGCUCCAGUCGGGUCGGCUAUUCAGGUAGAGAGGUCUGGUCCUUGUGCUAUGAUCAUGAUAUCUGGAACGUUCAGUAAAUCUUCUGCUACUCCUAGUCCCGUUGGCUGGAUACCUCCAUUCGUGAGAGUACUUCGCUUAGCAUCAGCACCAAAGAAAGAAUCCAC